AGAGAGAAGGGAGAGGGGGGAGAAUGUCAAAAUAAAGUCCGAAACAACAGAGUCAUAGACAUGCCACUACAUCAGGGGCGCCCAAUAACUAGAUCCGAAUAUACCAGUAGAUUCGGAUAUACCGCGAAGGGAGUGUCAAUGCUUGACAGGCAGAUCAUUUAAAUCCUAUUCCACUAGGUGGCAAAAGAUGAUUAUUAAAAUUUUAAAAAAUCUGUUGAAGAAAAUCUUUGUGUCUUUCUUCAAUUCCUGCCAGUAUAUCGUCAACUAAACAGGGGUACAUUUUUAGUCAAUUUAAACUAGAAUAUUAUUUAAUGUCUUCAGGGUAGGUAGCUCACUUCAGUCUGCUGCUGCUUAUGAUAAUAGUAGCGCCAAAUCCAAAAAAGUGUGGACACUCCUGCACUAAAUUACAUAACGUGAGGGGAAUUUGGUGGAUUGAAAAAAAAAAAGAAAAAGACAGGUCUGUCCUCUGUCCAGAGGAGGGACAGAGGACAGACCAGCUGUUUGAAAAAAGUCCAGGAACCAGCAACUGGAAUCGUAAUAUAACAAUAAAUGUUUAGGUUGAAAGUGCAGCUGAGAGUUCUGGUUUAAUAAGUAACCGUUAGAUCAAGUAAAAAAAAAACAAAAAAAACAACAUUCUGACGGAACACUGUUCUAACUAUUGUUCCUUGAGCCGUUCUUGACUUCACAUUUACUCCGUCCAACCUUUGGAUUACCCCAUAAAUAAAUCAACAGAAGAGUGCUUUUAAAACACUGGUCUAACGAUUACCUCAGCAACAACAACGACAACAACAACGACAACAACAACGACGACAACACUUUCCUGGUCGGAUGCUGACAGAGGACAGUGAACGCCUCCUUCCCUUCCUGUGAAUGUGCGCCGUCAGCAGGAGGGGUUUCAAACACAUUACUGUUUGGAUCACUUUGCUGACGAGAGCCCAUCACUGAUUCACAACUGUUCUUCUGCCACACCAAUAAAAGCACGUGUCAUAAAAAAUAUAAUGACCUUCUAGUUGGAAUUUACGCACAAUUUUUUUAUACUCAGUUUGAAACCCGGGCCUGUUUAGUUGAACACAACGCUAACGCUGGUCACAGGAAUUAAAAAAAGAGACACAAAGUCUCUCACUUUAGUUGGUUUUAUAGACAUUUGCUGACCCUUAGUGGAAGAGUAUUUCAUUGUUCUUACAUAUCGUAUAAUGGACAAUUUUGGAAAAUAAGAUCUGUUAGGGUUCAGACAGGAAGUACCAUCUGGGUGAACAAAUAUUUAAAAAACAAUAGUAGCUAUUCAGUGCGCGGCUAAUGCUACGCAGCACGGAGUAGAAAGAGGCAGAUGGGAUGGUUUUCAAAAUCUGCUGACAUUUCGGGAACUUGGGUCUCAAAGGAGGAUUUCAAGAAAAUGGCAAAAAAAAACUUUCUAGGUAAAAAUACAUCAUCGGUGUCAAAGGUCGGAGACGAGCAUGUACAGACUGGUCUGGGGUUGGUGCAUUUCUGGAUAUUAUCGUGAGAAGUUCGUUUAUGCGCAACUUUGUGAAUUCUUAACCCCCGCGAAGGUCAUCUCCUAGAAAGGUCUGCUACGAGUCUAAGUCUGAGGUUCGAGUCCUGCUCUGGACCAGCGGCACAGGCCUGUGAUAAUGGGGCAUUGGUGCGGGGGAAUGUUCCUUUAAGUCGAAUGUGACCUGUACUAGACAAGACUGACUGGAAUAGUCAACUAUAUCAUCGUUGACUGUAACUUCGAAUGUACUGUUCUUUAAAGGACUUCCACGGUCCACAGAACUCAAUCCACCGCCGCGUCUUAACACCGACGACGGUACAGCCUAUCAACCCGGAGCGCCUCCGUGACGCUACCGCUGUCCAAAAGAACCGAAACGGAUCCCGCGAAUGUGUUUAUUAAUAACGUUGACUUGAUCAAAUCAAAACAAUGUGACGUUCAAAUACCGAACGUCGGGUUUCAACGCGAAUGAGCUCGUAUGUUUUGGUGCCAAGUAUAAAACAUUGUCUUAUUAACAUUAAUCAGUAUUUAAAAAUAAUUUACAUCGAUAAAACCGUCAGUGUCAUUAACGUAACCGUAUAUAUCCUUCAUCUUCCUCGCUAGUACCAUCACAGCUCAUCAGCUUUGUCUCUCGGAGUCGCUAAAAGAACCGUUAGCCUGGUUAGCUUGUUUCCAGCUAGCUGUUAAGCUCGCGCUUUAGCAUUUCUUCUGCCCUGACACUUGGUUGUAUCUCGUUUUUUUUUUUUUUUUUUUAGAAAUUAAACCUGUAUUUGGUAACAACGUUUGCAAGACGGGGUGUACACGGUGACGAAAUAAGCCUUACCUUCAGUCUGCUUCAGUCCUCCUCACCCUGACAACCUUGGUUUCCUUUUUAAUGGGACUGUUUUCUCAAGAUGCUGCUGACGUCAUCAACAAUUACCGCCUCAGCGUUUCAAAAUAAUACUUCUACCGGAUGGGAUUUCGUUUAAGAUUGAAUUAUAUUUCGAUUACAGGUAUUGCGAUUUAAAGUUAAAAAAAACAAAAACAAAAAAAAACAAGGAAUAUUUAUAAAAUAAAUAAAUCGAUGUGGUUAGCAUGAUGGUUGUACAAGCUCCAAAGUGACGACAGACAAACGACAGAUAAACAAACAAACAAAAAACCGUUAAAUUAUGUCAUUUUAAUUGUGUAAUGUUAGCUAAAUAAAUAAAUAUAAUAAAUACUCCACAAUAAGACUGAAGCUUUAAUUAGUCCUUUUAGUCUUUGCUGCCACCAGAGGGCAGCGUUGCAGUAAUGCAGGACUUCUACUGUAAUACCGUAAUGCCCAAUAAAGAGGAUUCAGCAGCGUCUGAGUUAUGGACAAUAAUUAGCUGAGUCCCAACUGGUUCAGCUAGCGCCACCUGUUUGUCAGAGGGUUAACUGCUUUCACAUUAAAGCAGUAAAAAUUCCAAAUAAAAAAUAAAAUAAAAUAGACAACUGGAGCUUGAACCAUUCUGACAUUUAUAAGAAAAUGUAAAAUUGUGAAAACAACAAAAUGUGGGCGUGUCCUGUAUCGCUCCAACAGACGACGGAAAACCAGGUUUCCGAUAUGACAUUCUUCAGUAAUCUGUAGGGAUUUUAAAGAUUAAUGCACAGACUACACACGGCCGACACGCAUGUUCCGGAAGCAUCGGUUCUAAUCGCUAAUGCCUUUGUCUUUACGUCCACUCAACAGAUGCAUGAACCAGAGAUUAGGUCACAAACGUCAGUGAGACUAAGGGAAGUUUCUUGAAGGGGAAUUUGUCCAGAUAUGGAUAACGUGGUGUCAUGUGAUCAGAUCAGCCGGGGAUCAGAGUAUUUACAUGUGCGCUGAGCUCCGGAUCGACUCAGUCAGCAUUAUUAAUGGGGCCAGGGCACAUCCUCCUCCUGUCACGGGAGUGGGGGGAGCAAGAGCGGGGUAUUAGACCACAGUAAUGUUGGCAGGUGGAACUCCUCAGCGUGCUUAGUUGACUGAGGGGGAUCAACAUGGGGAGCACCAGCAAGGUGGUCACCUUCAGGAACAGGAGACAGAGCCUCUUCCCCAACUACAAGGUCACCGACUCCAAAAGUCCGCGAAGACCCUCUGAGGUCGUCUACCCUCUGGCCAAGGAGAGCUGCGUCAAGACAUGGAACUCCAUGCAGGAGCUCAGCAGAGACAUCUACGACAUUUACGCCGAGUACAGGGAGGACGAAGACGACGACGACAUGAGGCAGAUUUCUCCGUCCAAGAGGAACUACAUGAUCAACAUCAACGUAGGAGGAAAGCCCUACCAGAUCUCCUACAACAUGGCCGCCAUGUACCCCAAAACCAGAAUAGGACGGCUGGCCACCUACACCGAUCACAACAUGAAGCUGGACUUGUGUGACGAUUACACCGUGACCAACAACGAGUACUUCUUCGACCGGGACCCGGACAUCUUCCACAGCAUCUUCAACUUCCACCGGACCGGUGUGCUGUGGAUCAAAGACGAGCUGUGUCCCCGCAACUUCCUGGAAGAAAUCAACUACUGGGGCGUGAGGAUCAAGAACACGCACCGCUGCUGCCGCAUCUCCUUCGAGGAGCGGCAGGAUGAGCUGAACGAGCAGCUGAAGAUCCAGAGGGAACUGGAGGCCGAGAUGGAGAUCGAGGAGGACGAGGAGCUGUUCCACGACAUGUUCUUGGGCCAGAGGCGCCGAGCCAUCUGGAACCUGAUGGAGAAACCCUUCUCCUCUGUGAAGGCCAAGCUGAUGGCCGUGGCCUCCAGCCUGUUUGUCCUGAUCUCCCUGGUGGCCAUGACCAUGAACACGGUGGAGGAGAUGCAGUACAGGACCCCUAGUGGUCAGCUGAGCGGUAAGACCUACUGGGAGUACGUGGAGUCCAUGUGCAUCACCUUCUUCACCGUGGAGUACCUCCUCCGUCUGGUGUCCACCCCAGACAUCAAGACCUUCAGCCGGAGCGUCCUCAACACCGUGGACUUGAUCGCCAUCCUGCCUCAGUACCUGCAGGGCGUGCUGGAGUUCUUCGACAACGAGGAAAACUACAUGAAGCACGAAGCCGACAUGCAGGCGGUGGGCCAGGUGGGGAAGCUGGGGCAGGUGCUGAGGAUCAUGAGACUCAUGAGAAUUUUUCGCAUUUUGAAACUGGCCCGACACUCCACCGGCCUGCGGGCCUUUGGUUUCACGCUGCGUCAGUGCUACCAGCAGGUGGGGUGCCUGUUCCUCUUCAUCACCAUGGGCAUCUUCAGCUUCUCUGCCAUGGUAUACACUGUGGAGCACGACAUGCCGCAGACGAACUUCACCAGUAUUCCUCAUGCCUGGUGGUGGGCAGCUGUCAGCAUCUCCACCGUGGGCUAUGGUGACGUUUACCCGGAGACCAUCCUGGGCCGAGUCUUCGCAUUCGUCUGCAUUGCGUUCGGCAUCAUCCUGAACGGUCUGCCCAUAUCCAUUCUCUUCAACAAGUUCUCCGACUACUACUCCAAACUCAAGUCCAAUCAGUACACGGCCUCGCUGAAGAACCGGGGCGAGGUGAGGUUCGCCAGGAGGACACUCAACAAACUGAGCUACUGGUUUGGGAACCAGCAGUGACGUUAUCAAGGACAAAUGGACACAGUAAAAACUUAGUCGCCAUGGAGACGGAAUAAACAAAGACACGUCCCCGCCGAUUUUCACCUUUGCUUUGUUCCGAAUUUUUUUUUCUUUUAAAUUUAUAUCAGCAGAGAACAAUAAAAAAUUGAAAAAGUUUAUUUAUUUUUUAUGUGUUAUUUUUUAUAUCUAUUCAAAGUAAAUAAACAUUCCUAAAUGUGACAAAAAUUCUUUCUGGGCGAGAAUAUAUCAUAUAACGGCAGCUAGAGGUCAGUGUUUCUCACCUGUUUUUAUCUGUGACUGAUCCAAACGAUGGAAAUAAUAAUACACUAAAAUGAAAGGAAACAUUUUAAGAUAUCGUGCAUCCUGACGGUAAAUUGAAGAACGUAUCGACAGACGCUCUCGAAACUUCACUGACAGAGCGAGGGAGAGAGGAAGAGGGGAGGGGGGGAGGGCAGGGGGAGUAAUGUGGGAGAGAGUGGACAGCCGCGGUGGUCGGUGGUCACACUGUCGUCGUCUAUUCUGUCAAUUCCACAACAGGACGAACCUUCGCUGUGAUUUGCUCUUCGUUUACAAGCCCCGCCUUCGAAGCAACAAACCUCUGAUUGGCCGACGUUCCUCCUUCCACAUUGUUAUUGUUAGUUUCCUUUUUUUGUAGUUUAUCCUCCGAUUACUGCGAUCCGUCACAACAUUUAGCGCCGCUUUACUGUCAAAUAUAGUUGGAAGGAAGCUAUUGACGCAGUAUUUAAUUACAGUUUUAACAUAAUUAUUAUAAUAAUAAGUCGUUUGGAAUAAUUUGUAUUUAUAUACGACGAAUGAACAUUUAAUUAGCACAAAGCUAUCUAGCUCUAGCUAGCUAGCCUUUUAUGUGUACACACUACAGACGGUUAUUUCCGGUGUACAGCUCUGCUGCUUUUAUAUUACGUUAAAAAACUAGAGAAAACCGUGUAUAUGUAUUAAUAUUUCAAGCCAGAAGGGGGCAGCAAGCGAACCGUGAGCUCGUCGGCAGCACUCGGCGCAGCAAAAGUAGAUCUUACCCUUUCCCGUCGUCCCCUGCGGUGAUAAAGUGACCUCUGCUGCUAGCAGUUAGCCUCGCUCAUCACAAUGUCUCCUCCGGUUGCGGUGUCGCCUUUGAUUAAGACAGCCAGGUAUUCAGCUCUGAUUCUGGGUGUCGUCUACGGCAAGAUGAGAUACAGCUACCUGAAGCCCAUCGCUGCUGAGGAGAGGAGGAUUGAAGAGGAGGAGAGGAAGGUCCGCGAGGAGCAGGAGCGCCUAGCCAAGUUGGCAGAAGCAAACGAAGACACCAUCCUGAAGUAAGGCUGUGAUGGUGUGACUCCCGACCUCUUCCUCCUCCUCUUUCUUCUCUUCUCUGGAGGCGCCAAUGUUAAACCCGGGUUCUGGUCCGUUCAGUACUGUGGACGUGUUGGACCAGUUCCCGGACUCCUCUUUAUUCCGACAUAGAACAGUUUAAUUUCCAUGUCAGCUGUAAUUUCACCCUCAUGAGGUGUUGUUUAUUUUUUAAACCUUGUCAUUAAUACAGAAGUCUACAAUCA